AUGUUGCGCACCCAGCUGUGCCGCACAACUGCCCUCUUGGCACCCCGCACUGUCCCCACCGUGCGCGCCCUCGCAACUUCGGUGUCGUCCGUCCCCCCCUCCAACACGUCGGCUCCGCCCCACCCACACGACCACAAGCCCGCCCAGAGCACAGUCGAGUCGCCCAACACGACCGCAGACGCCCUCUACACCGACCACGGGCCAUCGGCAUCCACCACCACUGCGACCGCCGACCCUUUCCCCGUCCCGCUCGCAUCCGCCGCAUCCGCCGCACCAACCCCGACCGCCACCUCGACCCCGCCACCAGGACAGUUCCGCACCACCUCGAACGAUCCCGCACCCGCGCCCGCACCCGCACCUGCACCCGAGCCAGACCGCCUCGAACCUGAACCCCUCCCCGAGCCUCCGGCCCCAGCUCCCCUCGCGCGCGUCAGGAAACCCGUCGGCGCUUUCCGUGGAGGCCUCAUCGGGUUCCUCCUCGGCCUGACCACCAUCGGUGGCUACGGCUACUUCCGCCUCCUCGACGACUACCACAACGCGAGCACCACCCUCCUCGCCUCGGUCGAAGAGCUCAAGGGCAGCACACAGCAGAUGGCGACCCACCUCUCGCGCAUCGCCGCCCUCGAGGACUCGCACGCCCAGCUGUCCAACUCGGCCGCCUCGACAAAGGACGUCCAGGCCCUGCGCGCAGAGUACCGCAAGCUCCUCGACUCGGAGCACGUCGACCUCCUCAGCUUGCGCGCCCACGUCUGGGGACUCGAGCAAGACCUCAAAAACCUCACCAGGCGCGACACGAGCGUGCGAGUCUGACGGCGAGGGCAACGCCGAGGCGUGCAACACGACGAGCAGCAUUGAUCUCUGCC